AUGUUCUGCCUGGCAUUGGUCCUUUUAAACCUGCUACUGGUACUAGAAUCGAACAACUGCUUUACCACGGAGGUUCAGUUUGAGCGAUUCGAGCAGCAGUUAGGUUUUCAUUUAACAAACUUUUCCGGACUUCGGGUACGCAAAUUCAAUCGGACCACCUGGAUACUGGACGGGGAUGGCGAAAUCUUUGUAGACUUAACCGAUGAAUACCAAGCAGCGGUGUCAGUGGCGUACAGCGCCCUUGGCAAUAACCAGUGGAACGAGUAUCCAAUGAAGGUCUCCAAAAGCAAGUUCUGCAGUUUUAUUAACGGAGCAUACAAGGAAUACCAGCCGUACUUCAUCUACAGCACCAAUUUACCAUCCGUUGGGGUAGAUUGGUUAUGUCCCGUUCCGAAGGGUCGCUAUUGGGUGCGAAACUUUGCCCCAGAUGGAGACUGGAUUCCAAGUAGUGUUCCAUCUGGUUAUUGGAGGUUUACGGGUGUGCUAUCUAAUGCCAAUGAUGAAAUUUUAAUUAAGUAUAUUUUCUUCAUGAGGAUUAAGACAGGAUAUUUGUGA